CUUUAUUACAGAAAAGAUGGCGUCCCAAAAACAAAACAGUGUUAACGGGCUAUCUGCUCCUACUUUCGCACCAAAACAAUAUGGAGCAGGUGGUAUUGUUGACGAUUUCAUGUAUGGAUCAAAUGUGGCAUCCGCUCAUAUAUACAUACGAAUGGGUAUGUAAUGUAACGUUUCCUAAUUCUGUAUUAUAAGUUACCGGGUUUAAAACUGCAGUCAGUAGUAGUAGUCAGUCAGUAGUGACAUAUCAUUCAUUAAUGAUCGAAUGAGUGACACUGCAAGCGCUGGCCUGAAGUCAAUGUGGGUGUUUUAUUGACCAUGUUAUUUUUGGGAUAUUUUUAAUUCCAUACUUAUUUUGGCUUAAACUUAAACCAAUUUCAAUUAGGGGUAAAUAGUGAAGGAAAAUGCGGCCAUUCUGAGGACAGCUGCCACCGCGUCUUUUGUGUGUUUAUUAUAGUUGCACUGAAUUAGGGUUUAGGUUAGGUUGAGGGAUCGAUUUAGGUUUCAGUUUAGGCAUAGGGAUCAAUUUAGGGUUCAGGUUAGGCAUAGGGAUCGAUUUAGGUAGAUACUUUGGACUUGGUCAAAAAUUUAAACAUUUUGUAAAAAUAAACCAAUGACCAAUGGCAUAGUUGAAUAGAGCUAAUUUUUUUACAGAAUUAUAACACCAAAAUCAUAUAUUAGCUGUUGUAGUUUUAAAGUUAUGAAUUUUGAAAGUACGACUUGGUUUGUCCUUUUUUAACAUGGACUGCAUCUCCACAUUCUGCGACCUCAUUCCGCUAUCGCAUCAUGCGCAAUGACUAUAUAGUUUAUAUAAGGCAACGCAUUCCUUUAUCACUAAAUUACUGUUUAGGGUCGACUUAUUUUAAACUUUCAACUUUGGCACAUGAAUAAUUAAUUAAAGCUUUCCCUGACCAAUGGUUUAAUAGUUUUUGCACACGGCAAACUCUUAUGAAUGAAACUCUGAGAUAGUACUACGAUAUAGCCACUAUGCAAGAGGCUGUGAAUGUUUGCCAAUGGCAACGUGUUGCACAGGGAAAAUUCUGAUAAUUUAUAAUAUGGACUCUACAGGGUUUUUAAAGCUCAAAUUAAAACAUUCCAGUUUAAAUGUCUUCAAAAUGCAUUCUGAAACACAAAAUAUAAAAUAUUUUGAUGUAUAUAGUGGUAAUAAUUAAAUAUUUCCUAAGUAUCUGCAACUUCCGCCAUUAAAAUGGACAUGGCCCCGGCCAUGUCGAAAUUAGGCUGAGCCACCUUAUGGUGAUAUGGGUCACUGUGAGAAGCGUAACGAACGUGAGACACAACCUACAUCAAUGAAACUUGGCCCAGAUAUAGAUCAAUAUCUAAUGCUUAUACAGAUUUAAUCAAAAAGGGCCUUAUCUUAUUAUUUCACAAUAAAUUUUGUAUGCGAAGAUGCCUUAUAUAUACUAAAGAUUUUAAAAAUAAAGGUCGAUUGAAAAAAGCAAAACAGCUGGCUAGAAAUGUAGGACCUUUAGUGAAAAAAGCAAAAUAGCUGGCUAGAAAUAUAGGCCAAGAUGCCUUCCAAAUUAUAAGGCCGGAAACGGAACUCAAAUAUAUGUCGAAAGAACAAAUUUAAUAAUAAAUAGACACACACAUCGGAAAAUUAAAAACUCUGAUUUUUCGGCGCUAACGCCCAUUUCCGAUACACAAAAAGUAGUAGUCUCCCUUGUUUCAUCGAAGUAUCUAGAUUUAGGGAUACAUUCGUGAAAUUCAAUAAAAUAGUGGCAGUCUUCCCCAUAAAUUACCCAAUUAGAUUUUGUUAAACUUUUUUGUUAGAACUGUUGAAAAUAAAAAGCAGGGUAGUAAGGUUAAUUUGUACUUAAUAUAGUAUACCUUAGCAGUAUGGGUUUUGCUAAGGGUUGUCUCCCCUAAAGUACAGUGACAGCACUUUGGGGAUUCCCAAUACAGGACUUAGGCAAAUUUAUCCCCCUAAUGAGUAAUAAUGAGUAUGAUAACUUCGCUAUUUUUCAUCGAGUAUUAUUCGCAGCAUAAACAAAACUAUGAUCAAUACGGUUAAUAUUAAAUUGACAUUUUCCAUUCGUUCUAUUAAAAUUCAACAUAAGAUGUUCAAAAGUCAAAAGAAAUAGUAAAAGAAAUUCAUCCUUGCUGAUACCCCAAGAUGAAUACCCAUGGAAAAAUUUCCGCUCCUGGCAGGAUUGCUAAAAAUGCUGUCUUUUUACUGGUUGAAAUAAAGAAGUAUAUGUACACGAUUCAUUUUUAUCAUGUCACAAUAUCAUGGGACAUUUCAACAUAAUUUGUUUUUGGGGGGCGGGGGUGUGAAUACGUAACUAUGGGAAACCUUCAUGACAUAUACUGUUGAAGACAUUGCCUGGCCUUGUUGCUAAGAAAAUGCUUGCCCAUUGAAUGAUGUUAAUAUAAUGAAUCGAUGUUAACUUUUGGAGGUCAAUUUUUAACACUACUUCUACUUUAACAGUGAAAUUCUGUUAACAUAACUGCCAUCAUCAUUGCAAACGUAAUUGACGUCAGCAGCAAGAAAGCAGACGCAUACAAAAUAGUGCUCCUCACAGAAAUUAAUCUAUGUACAAAUCUUUACUAAACCUAAAAUUUAUUACACCAGCUUUUUUAGAAAAAUAAAAGAAAAUAUUGUAAAAUGUGUAAUCAUCGGUAUGAGUUUAUGUGUCAAGUUUUAGUUCAAUAGCUUGACGGGAAGUGGGUCAAUACGUUGUCCAAACAUUUUGCCACAUACCCAAACAGAAAGAAAGUAAUACACAAACAAAAGUGACGUUAAUAUAAAGGAUUUUAAAAGGAUUUAGAUAAAAAUUAAAAUAUGACGAAAAUUUUGAAAUAAAGCAUAAAUAUAUAAAACAAUUUAUGACACAUGCUGAGAAAUAUGACAGUUUCCAUAACUUUGAACUGUUCAUGCUUGGUAAACAAAGAAAUUAGAAUUCCAGCACAGAAGAGCUUUCAGACCCAGUCAAUCCAAUUAGUCAGAACGUAGCAACUUUUAAAAACAAGAUUUAAAAAGAUUAUUUAGCUGUUUCCAUUGUUUUCUUAUAGUUAUAGAAAUACUUUCAGAAUCUGAAGAAAAUUAGUCACCAUUGGCUUGUCUUCAUCAUCAUAAAAAUGAAAUGUUUGUGCAGAAAUGUUAUUUUAAUAAUUUAUUUUCCUUAGGACUUAAAGGCUAUAUUAAAUUCUAUUUUCUGAUUGAUUAUAUAUUAAUAAGUUAUCUUGUAAACAUUUAAAAAAGAAAUGAGAUUGAUUAUUUUAUUCAUCUGUUCAUGACAUUUGAAUAAAAAGCUGUCUCUCGUUAUAUGCUAUGGAUAUUAUUAUGGAAUAUGGUCAUAGAUCUCAUUGGAUAUUUUUUUUUUGAAUGAUGAGUAUGGCUCAUUAAAGAUUGUCUCGAAAUCUUCUCUUUUUUUUUGUCAGACCCAAUAAAACAGUUCUUUUAAUGCAUCUUAAACUUGUUUUGAUCUUUGACAAAAUUCUAACUCCUACAGGAUUUAUGCGUAAAGUGUAUGGCAUCCUCACAGCACAGCUUCUUGUAACCACAAUCAUGUCUGCACUAUUCAUGAUGAGCGAGCCAUUGCAGGAAUUUGUGCAGACUAAGUAUGCUUUGUAUAUCAGAGAAUGAGUAAAAGAUAGUUCUAAAAAGUACAAUUAGAACAAUAUCUCAUUAAAUAAUAUUUAACCUUGAGACCCAAAAACUAUAAAUAUAUAUCUUUAUUUUCUUUUCAAAAUGAAUAAAGCACCAAUUCUUUGUAUUUUUGGUAUUUGCUUGAAGAUUUAAAAUGCCUUUCAUUUUUUUAAAGUGAUGACUGUUUGAUCACCUUGAAAUAUUCAAAAUUAAUGUCCAAAAACUUUUUGAUAAUAAUUGUGCAUGUUAUUAUUUUCUUUCUACAAAUUUUCAGUCACUGGAUGCUAACACUAAGCAUUUUUGCCACUUUUGGUGUGCUUUUUGCUCUUAUGUGGAAGAGGCAUGAAACACCAAUCAACUAUAUUCUCCUAGGAAUUUUUGUAAGUAAAAGAAGAAAUUAAUAACCACUCCAACGACCAAUUGUUCUUCAGGAAAACAAUAUUAAUUAAAGUUUGACCAACAGAUCUAAAAUAUAUAAAAAUUUAUUCUAGAAAUGUGUUUUGAUAAGUUUAAACCAAACUGUUUUCUAUCUUAUUAACUAAUACACACUCGAAGUUUAAACCACACAGUUUUAUUUUUGUUUUCACUGAUCCACGCCAGUUUAAGUUUAAACUACACUGUUUUAUCUUAUUCACUGAUAAAUGCCAGUCUAAGUUUAAACCAGACAGUUUUAUACCUUAUUCACUGAUACACACCAGUCUAAGUUUAAACCGCAGUGGGUUUUUUUUUUCUUAUGGACUUAUACACGCCAGUCUUUUUCACCCAUUACAAAAGAACUAAAAUAAGUAUUGUAUUAUUUUUCCUAAGAUUCAAAAUUUCUUAAGUAACUAUAAAAUAUUUUGUUAACAUAAUUAUUUUACAUUGACCCACCUCUGGUAAUAGUUUAAAAAAAAUAAUAACUCUAUAGUUCAUGCUUUUAAAAAGUUUGCUUCAUUUUUUGAGUCCUUUUUGUCUCUGGUCAGAAAAUGUUUUUUUCUCUAUUUAUUUCCAAUAAUGAACCAGAAAAUAAUGAUAUGCCAAUUCUUUUACAUCUUUGAAAAAAAAAUGUGUAGAUUUAAUAUGCUUAUAAUUUUAUAUAAUUUUAUACAUUUGGAAUGUUUCAUACUUAUGAUGUCAAUUAUUAUUUGUAGACUCUGAUGGAGUCCUAUGCCAUUGGCGUAGUAGGUAAGUAAAGCUAAUGUAAUUUCUUUGUUAACAUUCUGGCCAUUAACUUCAUUUAUCCCCUUUAAAGAUGUCAUCUCUUGAGGAUUCUAACAUAAUUAUUAUCAUUAAAGGGUCACCAAACCUAGCCCAGGACCCUUAAAGUACACCCAAAGAAAGGUGAAAUGUACAACACUAAAGGUUUAGCUAUAACUAUACAGCGUAAAAAAUGCGCUUUAUUUUCAGUGACCUUCUACAAAGUGCCAUCUGUGAUUGAAGCAUUCCUCCUCACCAUUGGUUUGACCGUGGGCCUGACCAUAUACACUCUACAAAGCAAGAAGGACUUCACAUCAUGGCAUGCUCCGUGAGUAUUGAGUAGAGUAACUGAUGAUUUAAAGUUUUGUUAUUUUUUAAAACGCCUUCCUUUAAAUCUUUAAUUUUGUUUGUCAAUAACUUUGAUAAGAUUCUCACACUAAGGUUGCCUAGAAUGAAAAAUAUGUUCAUGAAUGGUAAUGAAUUUGUCUGUUAUUUACUUGAUGACUCAUAUGGCCUGUAUUAUUUAGUAUAAAGCUUGUACUGAUUACUUUAUUUACAGAGCUGUCAUGUGUCUUUAUGCUCUUGUAUUGGCUUCCUUUAUUCAGGUAAACAACUUGUUUUUAUCUCUAGUAAUUAAUAACAUAACAUUUGACUUUAUUAUUUUGCAUUCAAGAAUUUUAAGUUAAAUAUGCUGGUCAAUGUAAGAAAUAUUUCAAUUUUUUUAUUUUUAAGCAAAAUAACUUCAUUACUUUCAUCCUUGAAUUAAAUUUAAUGUAAAAAUAUACAAUCUUAAAAGUUAGCCUAUGAUCUGAAGACAGAAUUACAAUCCCGGCACUUUCAGUACUUUCACCUUUUGUUAUUUUGGCUUCAGAUGAUCCUUCCGGUUCCAUUCUUUCACUUGGGUAUCAGCCUGGCUGGAGCUGCCUUGUUCUGUAUCUUCAUUGUUGUGGACACGCACAUGCUGAUGGCCAAACUCUCGCCUGAAGAAUACAUCCUGGCGGCCAUCAACCUGUACCUGGACAUCCUCAAUCUGUUUUUGUACAUUCUGCGCAUCCUUGGUGAACGGAAGUAAAUGGUUGCAGAUGGGAAUCUUAUCUCCUCGGAGGGUAUUGAGUGCUAUCAUUACUAAAGAAAACAAAUCAGCCUGAUAGCUAAGUUUCUCUGUUUUUAACAUAUAUCUAUAGAUUUUUUUUUUUUAGGUAUUAGGUUUUACAUAUUUAUUUGAUAUUGCAGAUUUUGAGUGAAAUUUUUCAAUGAUUAGGGUAAAUUUUCAAGAAGAAAAUAUAUAACUAUUUUAUUGUUUUAAAAUCUUUUUAUUAGAAGUUUACUUUUUAAAUAAACUUUGGUAACUUACACUCAAAAUAUUGUCCGAUCUCAUAUAUCCACAGUUACUUCAAUUUUUGUCAUUAAGGAGUGGGUGCAUAUGUUUCUGAUCCAUAAAGGAAAAAUAAUUUUUUGCUUAAAAGAAUAAAAUCUUUAUUUUAAAUUUUCAAGGUCUUAAAAUUAAAGGCUUGAUUAUGUUCCAUUUUUUUUUUGGUUAAAAAAUUCCAAAAAUGGUUUCUAAUUUAUUUUCAAAGUUUUCUUUAGUUAACUACAUUUUUUUCUGACAUUUAUUUUUUUUUUAUUUAGUCCAAGUAAUUAUGAUUUCUUAUGUCUAAUUAUAGGGAGUCCUGGCACCAUAGAAACCCUAUAAUCACAAUAAUUCAUUUUCAGUAAUUUUUUUAUAAAUCUUAUUGUAAUAAUUUGUAGGAUUAUGUAAGCUUGGGGCUCAUUGACUUGAUUUUUUUUUUUUUUAUUUUAUAAAUUAUUUGUGGGGUUUUAAAUACUUAUUGAAAGCUCAGUUCAUCGUUUCCUCGAAGGUACUAUCAACUCAAGAGAAAAGUUAUAAUUUCUUUUUGUAUCAAGCUUUACUCUACAUAACAAGUGGUGUCUGUGGCUAAUCACCUGUAAUAUCAACUACAACUUCAUGACAUGGGAAAUUUAACUCUGUCUUCAUAAUUAUAAUUUUACCUUUAUGGUUUCAAAUUUGAUUUAUAGAUUUUACUCAUCUCAGUGUAAAAAGAUCAGUUGUCUACCCUUGGAAGCUUGUUUUUUUUUUAAAUUAUUAUUUCCCUUCCUAUUACUAAUUACCCAGAGCAGAAUUGUUUUGUCCUUAUACUGAGAUAACUAUCUUAAAACACAGAACAUAAAUUAUUAUUUUCUGAUGGUCAAAUUCUUUUUCCCUUUGUUCUUUAAACAAAAAUAAUUUGACUAGGGUUUUUUCUUGAAUGGUAUCAUAAAAAUUACAGAGUAUAACAAAUGUAGAAUUGGAUAUACUUGGUCUCAAAAAUCUACAGCUGAUUCUCGAGAUGUCACUAUUUGAGGCUGUGAUGUUUGUUGUUUACAUGUAUAUAUUUUGUUAUUUGAUUAAUAAAUCUUCCUUAUGCA